ACAUGAUUCAAUCAUGAAACAUCCUUGUAAAUAGUCUUGUUGUUAGAUGGACAUGUUUCAAUCAUGACCACAUUACAUGAAAUAGUUGCAAUGUAUGGAAAAGCUCCUCCUACUUUUUUGAUACUAAAUUACCCCUCCCAAUCCUUUGCCCGGGAAAAGCAAUUAUACUGCAGAAGAAGAAGGCCCGAUUUUAUCAGUGCUGCCUGGAACUUUAAGGAGGCAAGGUGCUCUGCUAGAAUAAUGCAAUGAAUGGCAAGCUUGCCUGUUUCAAAGGCUCUGUAGUCUAUGUGGCAGUGUAAGGGGUGCCGGGUAGAAGUAUCAAGUAGGUCUGAACUUCUAAGACACUACAAAGUUAAACAUCCUCACUUUGGGCGCACUGCUAGAUUUCCAUGUACAUACUUUUCUUGUCCAUGCACAUUUAAAACAUGGAAUGCAUUAAUUUGCCACCAAAGUAGACUACACAGAAAUGUAACACAAAAAAUUCACUCAACUUUUACCUGUCAACUUUGUGAUUGUAAGAAUUUGGCAAACGAAAUAGAAUAUUUUAGUCACAUCAACACAUAUUUAAAAAAACACGAAAAUGUAAAAUGUAUGUUUAAUGGUUGUAGUUUCCAAACAUGCAUUUAUGGUACUUUUAAGUCUCACAAAAGUCGCCAUCACACCCCACACACACUUGAGGAUUUUAUUCCAGGUGUUGUAAAAAGCACUCGUUUAGCUACACCUUCAUUUCCAGAAAUAUCUGAUUUCCAGGAGGAGGAUCAAUGUGUAGAAGGUGCUCAGUGUGUGGAAGUGGACACGUUUGACACACAAGAGGGAAAAAGGCUACCUAAAGACCACACUGAGCAGCAACUAGCCACAGCUUUAUUACAGCUGGAGUUUUUGGUACAAGUGCCAGGUAUUGCAGUUGAUGAGUUUUUACAGGAACUUAAUUAUUUACUCAACUCUGCCUCAGUUCCCACUGGUGUUGUAAGAGAUAUACUUGAGCGUCAUAAGGUCCAAUUUACAGAUGAUUUAGUUAAGGAUAUUAUAUCAGCUCUUUGUGCAUCCAAUCCAGUUUGCAGAGCCAUUGAAAAAGGGGGAUCUCUUAGCACUGUGCAUAGAAGGUUAAAAUACUACAGAGAAAAAUUUUGUGUUGUUGAACCAGUCACUUACCUUCUUGAUAAUAAAAAAGCAACCUUUCAGUAUGUUCCAAUAUUAAAAUUAUUACAACAAAUUUUAAAUUGCCAAGCUAUUCUAGAUAAGGUUAUUUCAAAUCAUAGAGGGAAGCGUGAGUUUAUUGUUGACUCCUCCUAUGAAUUUAAAUCUCCAGAGGAUGGCAAAUAUUUAAUUGAAAACGGGUUAUUGAAUGCAGAUGAAAUCAGGAUUUCUAUUCGCCUGUAUGUGGAUGAAUUUGAGAUUUGCAACCCUUUAGGCACUUCUAGAAAAAAGCAAAACUCUGUGGUGUUUAUUGGGUUUUGGACUGAGAAUAAUGGCUUCACCCUGCAUACUCAAAGUCAUAUUGGUGGACAACACCUGCCAGAGGCUAACACUACCAUGUGGACUUCCUCAAUCUGUGAGUGA